CUACAAUCUGCCUAAUACGAAAAAAUUAAAAUCAAUUACUUUUCCGUUACCGUAUACAAUUUUACACAAAUAGUCGCUGUCAGUAAUGGCGGCAGAAAAAUCUGUGUUACCGCCAACUUUUUCGGCUGGUCCAAAAGGCCUAGGCGAUCCUGAUGAUAGAAGUCUCAGAAAAGUUGAAAUAGAUGUUAUGAUACCAAAACUUAUCAGAGAAAAGGCUAAACAAGAAAAAUGCAUUGAAGAAGUAGCUCAAUUUGAAAAAUGUUGCAAAGAUGCUUCAUUAUUAAUGGUGGUUAAAUGCAGAUCACCCAAUGCAGCUUUAAAGGAUUGUCUAUCAAAUUGGUACAAUAAUGAAGAAUUCAAAAAGAUAUGCACUGAGGAAUAUUUGAAAGAAAGAAGUGAAUAUAGAAGAACAGGAGUUAAGAAAGCUAUAAGAAGAGCAUAAUUUAAACUCAUAAUAGUAGUUAGUGUUAAUAAAAAUAAAAUAUUUAAUCAUCA